GAUGCGCAUUGGCUUCCUUGUUUCUUCCUUCAACUGCUCCCCCAUUGGCAAUCCCCCAGACGUCACCGUUUUCCCAUUUUCUGUCUUACUAGUUUUUUUUUUUUUUGGGCCACCCCGCCCUCUGUUCCAUGAUGUACCCCAUGUGUCUGUGUCGUGUCGUUUUGGUAAAGUAUAAUGGCUCUCUUUCUCAUUAAGAAAUAAUAAGCGCACUGCGUUUUCCAUUUUCUAUUUGCAGUUGGACUCGUUGCCCCACUAGUGUCAGUGCGGGCGGCUUCAUCUGUUCCGGAAAGGUGAAGAGGAACAAGCUGUGGUGAGGUGAUUGAAGAAUAUAAUGCACGCCAAGACAGACUCGGAGGCGACGAGCCUGUCCGCUUCGUCUCCGACUAGAUCCCCUCGUCGGCCUGUUUACUACGUGCAGAGCCCUUCAAGGGACUCCCACGAUGGCGAGAAGACCACCAACUCUUUUCAUUCCACGCCUGUGCUCAGUCCCAUGGGAUCUCCCCCUCAUUCCCACUCCUCCCUUGAUCGUCACUCCCGCCAAUCUUCCUCCAGCAGGUUCUCCGGAUCCCGCAAGAUCCCUCGUAAGUCUCUCAAGCCCUGGAAGGAACCCCACGCCAUCGAGGAAGAAGGCCUUCUUGACAUUGAAGACCAUCACAACAACGCUCUUCCCCGUCGCUGUUACUAUCUCGCUUUCAUUCUCGGCUUCGUCCUUCUCUUCUCUUUCUUCGCUCUGGUUCUCUGGGGUGCCAGCAAGCCUAUGAAGCCCAAAAUCACCAUGAAGAGCAUCAAAUUCGAUCACGUCAGGGUUCAGGCAGGUUCCGAUUCCACAGGCGUUGCCACCGAUAUGAUCACCAUGAACUCCACCGUCAAAUUCAAGUAUCGCAACACCGGCACCUUUUUUGGGGUCCACGUCACAUCAACGCCUCUGGAUUUAUCCUAUUCGGAAAUCCGGAUCGCUUCCGGGAUUAUGCAUAAGUUUUAUCAGUCGAGAAAAAGUCAAAGGACGAUGAGCGUGGUAGUGAUGGGGAACAAGAUUCCUCUGUAUGGGAGUGGUGCGAGCCUGAGCAGCUCAACGGGCGUGCCCACGGUACCAGUACAGUUGAGAUUGAACUUCGUGGUUCGAUCGAGGGCCUACGUGCUCGGGAAGUUGGUGAAGCCCAAAUUCUACAAGAAGAUUGCGUGUUACAUAACUUUGGAUCCCAAGAAGAUGAAUAGGCCGGUGUCCCUCAAGAAAUCCUGCACAUACGAUUGAUGCCGAAUCAGAAAGCAGCCCGGGAAUCACGAAACCUCUUUCUUUUGUCGGUUCUUUGGUUGAGCAGGGAAUCAGAAGAAAUGAGGAUCCAGCCUAACAUUAGGCCAGGAUGCGAACACGUUUCUCGACUUUUUGGUUUUGUUGUUGUUUUUUUAUUUUUGGGUUUUAACACGAAUGCGGCAAAGAUGAGGAUAUUCUAUGAGUGGCAAACAUGAGGAGGAGGACUCCGCUGGAUUUGAGUUUGUGUAAUGUCAAUGUGAAAGAAAGAAAUAAUUUAUUCAAUCUCAGCGUUAUCAGGACGCUUCAUUAUGGCUUUUGUGCUUUUGU